AUGUCAAAACAUCAAGCUUCGAACCACCAAAGCUACCGAGCUAUCCGCGCAGUCUACACAACAACAACUAUCACCGUUUACCAAGCCUACCCCGCCGAAAUUGCCAACCCAGCACUCGCAGCCCAGAAAUUCCAGCCACCUUUCUCCCGCACUCGGAUGACCUGGAUCAAACCCUCAUUCCUAUGGAUGGCGUACCGCAGCGGAUGGGCAACAAAGCAGCGCCAAGAGCGCGUGUUAUCUAUUGAGAUUACUCGUGAAGGAUUCGAAUGGGCCCUUGGGAAUUCGUGUUUGAGUCACUGGUGUGCCAAAGGGGAGGAAAGCGCCAUGGAUAAGGAGCAAUGGAAGCAGCAACUGCAAGCCAGUCCCGUCCGUGUCCAGUGGGAUCCUGAGCGUGAUUUCCGGUUUCGCCCCUUGGACCAUCGUGCUAUUCAGAUUGGACUUGACCCUGAAGCCGUGAAGAAAUAUGUUGACGAAUGGAUUGUUUCCAUUGUGGAUGUCACGGACACGAUACACCAAAUCAGCGCACUUGUACAGGCGGGCAAUCUCGAGGCCGCAAGAAAGCUUUUGCCCGACGAACAGGUUUAUCCAUUGUCGGAUGAAUUAAAGGAGAUACUGCACGCUUCGCCGUAG